AUGACGGUUCCUCCCGAACAGAAGAGUGGACAACAAAGCUUGGAAAGAGACCGGACGGCUAGAAGACAAAUUGUGGAGGAGUUUGGUGACUUAGCCCCAAAUAACCGAAACAGAGAGAUUCUCGACAAGAAUUGUGGCAACAAAGAGAUUAUGGCACACGAAAAAAUUGAAGCAUAUGAAUCUAGAAUAUCAUCGACUCAAUCAAAAGAAAUGUCCAAUUCAGAUUCAUUGGCUCAUGCUUUAGGAAUCAAAGAGCAUUGUGGACGCAUUCGUGGUUUAGGUUUGGAUCCUUGCCCAUCUAAAGUCUUUGGAGUCCAUGCUCGUUCUCAUGGUGGAUCAUCUUCAACUUCUGCUUCUAAUGUUGAAUUACAAACUCAGGUUCCUCCCGAACAGAAGAGUGGACAACAAAGCUUGGAAAGAGACCGGACGGCUAGAAGACAAAUUGUGGAGGAGUUUGGUGACUUAGCCCCAAAUAACCGAAACAGAGAGAUUCUCGACAAGAAUUGUGGCAACAAAGAGAUUAUGGCACACGAAAAAAUUGAAGCAUAUGAAUCUAGAAUAUCAUCGACUCAAUCAAAAGAAAUGUCCAAUUCAGAUUCAUUGGCUCAUGCUUUAGGAAUCAAAGAGCAUUGUGGACGCAUUCGUGGUUUAGGUUUGGAUCCUUGCCCAUCUAAAGUCUUUGGAGUCCAUGCUCGUUCUCAUGGUGGAUCAUCUUCAACUUCUGCUUCUAAUGUUGAAUUACAAACUCAGACAAAGACGACAACCACGGCAGAGCAGCAACAACGGGGUUACUUUCAACAGCGGCAACGGAAACGGGCUUUUGCUGGUUCGGUGGAGCAUGCAGGAACGACGUCGUGGAGGCAGGGGAUGGUGAGAGGAGGUGGAGGAGGAGGAGGAGGGGAGAUAGUGGAAGUUGAAGGGGGACACAUUGUGCGGUCCACGGGGCGGAAGGAUCGCCACAGCAAAGUGUGCACUGCCAAAGGGCCGCGCGACCGGCGGGUGAGGCUAUCGGCCCACACCGCAAUUCAAUUCUACGACGUGCAGGAUCGGUUGGGCUACGACCGGCCCAGUAAGGCCGUGGACUGGCUCAUCAACAAAGCCAAGGACGCCAUCGACCAACUCGCGCAUCUCCCUCCCUGGAAACCCACCCUUCCGACAGCAAACCACCUAAACGACGACGAAUCAGACAAAACAAACCCUAAUAACCCGAACUCAACCACAAACACUAGCACAAACCCUGAUGCUGAAAUUCUGAACCAGUUCAACGAGAACCUUGAGAACGAUGAUGGUGGUGGAGGAGGAGGAGGAGGAGGAGGAGGUUCGAGUUAUCUUCCCUUGGAUAACGACGCUAUAAGAUCGUUCUUUCCCACAACGACGUCGUCGUUGAUUCAGUUCCAAAGCUACCCACCGGAUUUGCUUUCGAGGACGAGCAGCCAGGAUUUGCGUCUCUCGCUUCAGUCCUUGCAGGACCCGAUUAUGCUCCACCAUAACCAAAACGAGCACGUGCUUUUCGCUGGAGCCGGGUUUGAUAAUAUGGGAGCGUGGAACAACAGUGGGAAUGCUACUAAUGAUACUCAUGGUGGUGGAGGUGGAGGAGGGUUCGUGGUUAACGCUCCCUCGCCUUUUCCGGGGCCGGCGACUGUUGCGCCGCCGGCGGUGGUUUUUGGCUAUGGUAAUGGGAAUGGUCAAGGCCAGUAUUUUUCUCAGAGGGGACCCCUUCAGUCCAGUAACACCCCGUCCGUUCGUGCGUGGAUUGACGCGCCGUCGUUCGUGGCCGCCGCCGAUCAUUAUCAUCGGCAUCACUACUUGUCACCGGCGGCUGCGGCGGCGUUGGUGUAUCAGUCAUCUCCUUCUUCGGCAUUUGCGCCCGGGGGCUUCUCGGGAUUCCGCGUGCCGGCACGAAUUCAGGGUGAAGAGGAGCACGACGGCGUGUCCGAUAAGCCGUCCUCUGCUUCCUCCGAUUCUCGCCGCUGAACCGCCGAUUGCGGACUUCGUUCCUUCAGUUGCUGACUCCGAAACCCUACUUGUGUGGUCUAUUUCUGCAGCGAGGAAGCGAAGGAUUCGGAUUCGGAAUGAAUGGUUCGGUUCAGUGGAGUAUGCUUGUGGAAUGAAGAAAAUCUGGGGUUGAAUUUCCAGGUUUUUAAAUUCUCCUGAUUGUUAUGAUAAGUUUUUUAUUAUCAUCAUCAUUAUUAUGUAUGUCAUGUUUCAUCAGGGAGACUUUUAGGUUUCGGUAUUGUUGUGUGUUGGAUUGAAUGUUUGAUGUUUUGUUGCAAUUUGUAGUGACCGUGUUUGUACUUGAAUAUCUAGUUUCUUAGUUUUGGUUUGAAAACGUGGACGCAGCUGUUACUACUGUUACUUAUUCA